UCGGUUACUCAUUGCUGACCGUUAGAGGCUUGUUCUUAUUUUCCGGCGCUAAUAUUUAGCAUUUUUCUUACAAUAAAUAUCAGUAGUUACUUAGCGGUGCCAGCGAACGGUUCAUAUUUUGUUGAUAACUCAAUUUAAAAAAAAUAUACAUAUACAUAAAAAUAAAAAUAAAAGGGAAAGUGUAGAAAUUAAAAAAGUGUGAAUUUAUUUCUACUAUUUAAAAAAUAAAUUAUUAAACAAAAUGAAGCAGAAUCUCAUAUAUUUGCUUUUCGCCAUCGUUAUUUCCUCGAGCGUAGUUUAUGGGCUACAAUUUACUGAUUGCGGUUCAAAAACUGGUAGUUUUACCAAAGUAGUAAUAUCGGACUGUGAUACAACCAAAAAUGAGUGUAUACUCAAACGCAAUACAACUGCUUCGAUAACAAUCAAUUUUGCAUUGAACGAGGUUGCAUCGAAAAUCACAACGGUGGUGCAUGGCAAAGUGUUGGGUGUAGAGAUGCCUUUCCACUUACAGAAUCCCGAUGCUUGCGUUGAUAGUGGCCUGAAAUGCCCGUUGGAAAAAGGUGAAACCUAUGAAUAUAAGGCCAUCUUACCGGUGCUUAAGGCUUAUCCAAAGGUAAAUGUGCUUGUCAAAUGGGAAUUACAGGAUCAAAACAGUGAAGAUAUCAUUUGUGUACAAAUACCAGCUAAAAUACAAUAAAUAUGUAUAAAUAUGUACAUAUAUAAAUAUAUAUAUAUAAACUAUAAUGUCCAGAAUUUGAAGGAACUUUUCAGUCAAUUAAAAGCAGAAGAAAACUCAUAAAUAAAUGAAAAAUGCAUACUAUGAAUAUGUGUACCAAACAAAGAAAUAUAUACAUACAUACAUAUAUAUGUAUAUGAUUGUUAGUUACAAUAAAUGUUGUAAACAAUAAUACAA